AUGGGUCAGCCAGAUGAGCAAGAGCGAGUCCGGGAAUUAUCAAGGUACUAUUGCACCUUCGAUCAACAAGGCCUGCCCGAAAGCUCAGAAGAAAUCCGCCUUUCAUCCGACACCACGCUCACUGCACUGACCCAACUGGGCGUCUACCGCUUCGGCUGCAAUCGCUCGUUUGUGUCCAUCAUCGAUAACGAACGCCAGCAUGUAAUCUCAGAGGCGACGGCGUCCAUCUCCCUCUGCAAUACAGACCACCAUCGCCCGGACGACGGCAUUUUUCUCGGUGUCCGCACCCUCGAUCUGCAGUGGGGUGUUUGUCCGCAUGCGAUUCGGCUGUUCACAGGGCAGGAUCCGUCGCAGGAACAGGAUACACAGAAUAUAACGGCCAAUCGAACACGCAAUAUCAUUCGUGACUUCACAAUAGAGGACUUCUAUAAAGAUCGCCCGUAUGUGGUUGACUGGCCGUUUUUCCGUUUCUACGCUGAGGUGCCACUGUACAGUCCUUCGGGACAUGUGCUCGGCUCGUACUGUGUUGUGGAUAACAAGCCGCGCGCGGGGUUCGGUGACGAGGAGGUGGCUGCUUUGCGAGAAAUUGCGGAUGCGAUAACCAAUCAUCUGGAAAAUGCGCGCAUUGUGCAGUACCAUCGGCGAUCAGAGAAUUUGGUCAAGGGGUUGACGAACUUUGUCAAAAGUCACUCGAAAUUCGACCCGACGGGUUCUUCGACGCAGAAUCAGCUUGAGGCGUCUUGGAAGAAUUUGAAUUCUAAGAGUCUCGAGCCGAGGGUCAGCUUGGGCGAUGUUGGGGAAACUAUUGCUUCUUUGUCUACAGAUAAGGAUGACUUAUCUGUCGACCAAAGAUCUUCGCCGAGCCUGAAUGCACACGCAGUUUCUGUCUUUUCGAGACCCGUUCGUUCUGCAUCCAAGUCGACUCUGCCGUCUUCUUUUUCUAGAACUUCCUCAGAUCGAUUGGAUCCAGCAUCCGCUUGUGUCGAUGCUCCUGCGGAAUUGACAGGGCCAGAGACUGUGCCUAUCUCCGAACGUAUUGGCGCGAUCUUUUCCCGUGCCAGCGCACUGCUAAAGGAAUCGUUGGAUCUCGAUGGCGUGGUAUUUCUCGAUGCCCAUCGGAAUGAUCCACAAUUCGAACCGUCCGGACAAAUCGAAAACUGGGAUGUUGUUCCACAAUUUUUUGAUACAGGAUUCCCCAUCACGCCGCGCGCGACAUUGCCCAAAGACGCUGGAAAGCAUUGUGGCUUUUUGGGCGAAGCUGUAGGUUGUUGGACAGCUGAAGGCACCACUAACUCAAGUUCCGUGAUGGUGACCGAAGAUCUGUUACAUUCAUUGAUCACUCAUUUUCCAGAGGGUCAUGUUUUCAACAUUGACAGUCAUGGAAACUGCGACGAAACCGCCGCCUCCGAAAACAUAACCACACUCUCUUCUCCCGAUUCUGAAAUUACUCAGCAAAUAUCCACUCGUUUGGCUCGCCAACUUCCUGACGCCAAAUGUGUACUUUUCUAUCCCCUGUGGGACUGGAGCAAAUCGCGCUGGCUUGCAGGGACUUUAGUUUGGGCAAAUAGCCUCCACCGCCCCUUGGGAAUGGACGAACUACACUACUUCAAAGCUUUCGGGGAUUCCAUUAUCUCAGAAGUGUCUCGCUUGCAUUGGACUGCGAGUGAGAAUUCCAAAUUCGACUUUGUAACAUCGAUCAGUCAUGAGCUUCGCUCCCCGCUCCAUGGCAUACUUGCGAGUGCGGAGUUACUGAAUGAUGUUCCACUCCAGCCUGCACAGCAUGACAUGCUGAAAAUGAUCUCAACUUCUGGACUCACUUUGUUAGACACGAUAGACCACCUGCUGGAUUACUGUAAAAUCAACAAUCUAGCGACCACGCAAGACCUCGACAACAAAAAGAACAAAAAUGGUGCCAUCGGCCUGGUCUCCGAAUUCAAUCUCGACCAUUUGAUCGAGGAAGUCGCCAUGAUACUUCACACAGGUCGGACCCCACCAGAGCCUACUUCCUCACUCUCACACCAAACAUCACACCGAACAUCCUCGGCGACUCCCACUGGCGAAGACCCUAAAGCCGGCGAACUGUCAGUCGUCAUAAACAUCGAGCAGCCUAACUCCUGGAAGAUUCGAUCGGUAGCCGGCGCCUGGAGAAGAAUAGUCAUGAACAUCCUAGGCAACUCAUUGAAAUGGACUCAGCAUGGUCUAAUCGAGUUAUCAUUAGCCGAGGUCCCCGACCAGACCAACCCAGACUCAACCCUAACUCACCUGCGCGUCACAGACACAGGCCGAGGAAUCGCACCAGAAUUUCUCACGUAUUCGGCAUUUACCCCAUUCUCCCAGGAAGAUGCUCUAUCAGAGGGUGUCGGGCUUGGUCUCAGCGUCGUACAUAAGCUAGUCGCCUUCCUCGGUGGCCAUAUAAACAUGAGGAGUGAGGUUGGCGUGGGUACCCAGGUCGAUGUAUACACUCCCUCGCAUCGGCGCGAAACCCAUAUUCCUGCUGCUGUACAGUCACUCGAUGACUCUCUUGAGCCUAGAGACUCAACCAUUCCCUUGAAAGUAAGCCUUAUUGGCUUUAAUGCUUAUCCCGAUUUGGCGGAAACACCCACAGGCAUCAUGACUUCUGACGCGAAGCGGAAGCUUUCUAUUCAAAAUGCUUUCGCUGGUGUUUUGAUGGCUCAGCAUGGAUGGCAUAUCACACUCGCGGAGUCUCUCGAGAAGGGUACCGGUGAAAUCGCCGUCAUCGAGGAGAGUAAGUUCCAGGCCAUGCGGGGAGGCGAAUCAUCCUUCAAGUUCUUCAUCGUUCUGAGAAGCACACCGCCCUUCCCUGUCGACACUCUCCCUGCCAAUGUUGUUCUUGUGCAACAGCCAUUUGGACCCAAGAAGAUAUUCCAAGCUGUUGAAAGAGUUCUGGAGCUUCGUAAAUUGGAGCCUCGGAUUGGUGGUGCUCUUGAUCUUACAGAACUACACAUCCCUCCAAUAUUUCCCGAAGAGGUCACACUCCAACCGGUGCCAUCGACUGUUUCAACGAUUUCGGAGGAAAUGGUACCCCAGAUCACACUUGAAAUGGUACCCCGGACCACACUCGAAUUGGUACCCCAGACUCCACUUGAAUCAGUCUGCCAGAGUCCUUUGGAGGGUUCAGUCAUUGACACAAACAAUCAACUGCAUGUUCUCAUCGUGGAUGACAACGAUAUCAAUUUGAAGAUCCUUGCUACUUUCAUGCGCAAGCUCGGCUACAGUUACGACACAGCCUCCAAUGGACUGAUUGCGUUGGAGAAGGUUGAAUCUGCAACUCGAAGAUACGAUUUAAUCUUGAUGGAUUUAUCAAUGCCAGUAAUGGAUGGUCUUGUCUCAACCAGUAAGAUACGCCAGUAUGAAAAUGACAAUGGGCUCAAGGCCUCUUGCAUUAUGGCUGUAACGGGCGUGGCUUCGGAUACCAUGCAACAGGCAGCAAAGACCGCAGGAGUCGACGACUACCUCGUCAAACCGCUUUCUCUUCGGAAGCUGAAGAACCUUAUGGAGGGCUUAUUUUAA